GUGGGAAAUAAGAACUGUGCGCUGCUAGCUAACGCUUCACAGCUGUUGCCAGCGGGGGUAACGGCCGGAAAAGACGCGCGGUGGCCGGCUACGGGACCAACCGGACUGUCGGUAGGUUCUUCGCACUUUAAGGAGAAAGUUUACGCUGAAGGAUUACUGCUAGUAGCCCCCUGUUUUCUUGGACAUUAUCCGACCAUCAUGCCCUCGUCUAAAUAGCUGCGGUGGAGGUCGAGGAUGGCCGCAGACGUGGAUAAAAGAAGCCCCGAGGAAGAGAGCAAGAUCUGGCCGCAGAACGGUGCCCGGACCCCGGGCUCCGGAUCGCGGACCUGCAGGGGGCUGUGGACCCUGCUGGUGGUCUGCGCGGUCCCUCUCCUCGCUGUCGGGAUCAAGUACUACCAAGAUGCCCAGCUGCUCAGACGUCAUGAGGAGAGCGUCAGGACUCUGGGCGCCGAGGGCCUUUUCCUCUUCUCCUCCCUGGACACCGACCGUGACCUCUAUCUCAGCCCGGAGGAGUUCAAGCCCAUCGCAGAGAAGCUCACAGGAAUCACAGCCCCGGUGGACUUGGAGGAGGAGGUGAUCCACGACCCCAACGGGGAGACUCUGACCUUGGAGGCCAGAAUGCAGCCUCUGCUGCUCGACUCCAUGACGAAGAGCAAGGACGGGUUCCUGGGGGUUUCUCACAGCUCUCUGAGUGGCCUGCGCUCUUGGAAGAGCCCAGCAGUGCCUUCUUCGUCGUUCUCUGCCGGCCAGUUCAGGGUGUUCCUGCCCCCAAAGAACAAGGUGGAGGUGGGAGACACGUGGUGGGUGAUUCCCAGCGAGCUCAACAUCUUCACCGGAUACCUUCCCAACAACCGAUACCACCCUCCCACACCGAAGGGCAAAGAGGUUCUGAUCCACUCCCUGUUGAGCAUGUUCCACCCUCGUCCCUUCAUCAAGUCCCGCUUCGCCCCGCAGGGCGCCGUCGCCUGCAUUCGCGCCAGCAACGACUUUUACUACGACAUCGUGUUCAGGAUUCAUGCAGAGUUCCAGCUCAACGACGUCCCAGACUUUCCCUUCUGGUUCACUCCGGGCCAGUUCACCGGCAACGUUGUCCUCUCCAGAGACGCGUCCCACGUCCGCCACUUCCACCUCUACGUCCCCAGUGACAGGUCUCUGAACGUGGACAUGGAGUGGCUCUACGGAGCCAGCGAGAGCAGCAACAUGGAGGUGGACAUCGGUUACCUGCCGCAGUUGGAGCUGCAGUCCACCGGCCCGUCCACGCCGUCGGUCAUCGUGGACGAGCAGGGCAACAUCAUCGACAGUCGGGACGGCAGCAGCGAACCGAUCCAGUUCGUGUUCGAGGAGAUCCACUGGACCUCAGAGAUCAGUCAGCAAGAAGCCGCCCGCCGCCUGGAGGUCACCCUCUACCCUUUCAAGAAGGUGUCCUACCUGCCCUUUUCAGAGGCUUUCGAGCGAGCCGAAGCAGAGAAGAAGCUCGUCCAUUCCAUCCUGCUUUGGGGAGCUUUAGAUGAUCAGUCCUGCUGAGGUUCGGGGCGAACUCUCCGGGAGACAGUCCUGGAAAGUUCGCCCGUCCUGGCGCUCCUCAACCAGAGCUUCAUCAGCAGCUGGUCUCUGGUCAAAGAGCUGGAGAACAUGCAGGCUGAUGAGCAGAACCCUGCGUUGAGCGAAAAGGCCCGCCUGCACCUGGAGCAGUACAAUUUCCCCGUGGAGAUGAUGGUGGCGCUGCCCAACGGAACCAUUGUCCACCACAUCAACGCCAACUUCUUCUUGGACCAAACGGCCAUGAAGCCGGAGGAGGAAGCAGCAACCUUCAGCUUCUCCGGCGGCUUCGAGGACCCCUCCACAUCCACUUACAUCAGCUUCCUGAAAGAAGGGCUGGACCGAGCCCAGCAGUACCUCACACAGUAACAUGUGUGUGUGUGUGUGGUGGAGCCUGAGCCGCUGAGGAAAUGAUAAUCACUCCUCUGGGGAAGGAUCCAAGAUAAGGAAAACCCAACCAACAGUCAUGUAGAGAAGCUUUUCUCUCCAGUGUUGGCAGCUGAGGAACGUUUUGCCUUCUGCCCUCUUUGCUACUAUUUAUUUGGACGUCUCUCUUGGUCAAGUUUUCUAACCAGUAUUUGUAUCGUGAGUAGGUCGUGUACAUAACCCACAGGGAGGCUGUUCCUUCAGACAUUAUGCAUAUUUGAAUGAAACACGAGGGCGUCGCACACGGAGCAGGAACACGUAGACCUUCUGCUUGUAGCUGCUGCUCAGCCUGUCGAGUCACUCCCGAGUGCUCGUGUCAUUCCUACGACAAAUCCCAAGUGCAUCACAACACGGUCUAAUAUUCAGUACUCCUUUUUUCUUUAUGUUGUGGUGUUGCAUGUGCAAUAUUUUACGACCGGGUGUGUUUUCCUGCAGCCCACUUGGACCCAGAGUCGGUCCGGAGCCGCCGUUGCCUCCAGUUCAGCUUCAGCAGUUAGUGAAGACGUCGCCUGAAAGCUCUGGCCGAGCCGGGCGGCGCCUGAUGUUCUCGCUGAGGCCGCUGGAGGGAAACGCCCUCCUCUGACUCACGGGCUGCAGGAACCACCAGACCGGACCGCGGCACAUAAAACCAUUAGUUCAGUUGUUUUCUUAGAGCUCCAGUUUGAAACCAAAUGUUGAAAUAUUUUGCUUUUUUUUUUCUGUUCAGAGGAAGAUGUGACACCAAAGAGCUUUUUUCUUUUUUAAAUAUAUAUAAACGCAGAUAAAGUCCACAUACGGCUUUUCCAUGUUGCUCAUAUUUAAGUAAUCAGUGGAACAAAAUGGUUUUAUCUUUGCUAAAUACUAUUAUUAUCUCUCAGGCUCCAGGUAAAAGUCAUCUGUUUGGUCUUCAACAAGAGGAAAUCUUUGUUUGAACCGAUGUGGGCCUGCAGACCAUCUCCCACCUCACACUUCAUUCUCCUCUUUUCCAGUCAGAAGGAGAAAAAUGUGUUUAAGUUCUAAUUUCAGUUUUCAGUCUGAAACACAAGAACCCAGGGAUCCAGAAAACUCACCUGAAUCGGUCACUCUUAAGUUUUGCUCUUUCAGGUCCACGUGGAGCCUUCACAGGAGGAACACUGUUAUUCUGUAACCUGCCAGUGCCAUUUUUUCACAAAGUGAAAUAAAACUUGUUUUGUUUUUU